AUGCAUCAUAGAGGAAAAGAAAAAGAAACCGGUAACAGGAAACUAGAUGUUCUCAAUCAGAAAUUAGAAGAAAAAGUAAAUCAUAAACCAAAAUUACCAGAGAAGAUAUUUGAAGUAAGAAAAUCACUUUUGACUGAGCUGUAUGAAGACAAUAUUCACACAAGAGCUAUUAUAAACUUUAUUAUGGGAUUUUCCAUAUUUAAUAUGGUUACUGUGAUAUUAAAGGACUAUGUUUAUUAUGGCAGGUUGUCUUCAGCUUUUAUUUUAAUUUUUAAUCAAUUUAGGAAACUACAUCUUACUUUUUUAAUUUGGAUAAUAAUUAAUUUAUUAAUGUUUAUCUGCUAUUACGUAUACUUAUUUUGGGGAAAACUUAGAAGAAAAGUUACAAACACAUGGUUUUGGGAUAGAAUAUGGCUUACAGUUUUUAUUGGAUAUAUUAUGAUAAUGUUUUACGUAACAACGAUUUUAGUUAUAUAUUUAGAAAUGCAGUUUGCCACAAAAUUACUAAUUUUAUCCGAAUCGACUAGAUUAUUGAUGAAAUUAUACUCAUUUGUUAGAAGUAAUGUCCCCAGAGUAACGACAUCCCGUUCAGCAAAUGAUUGUGUACUCAUUCCUACAUUUGGAAAGUAUUUAUACUUUUUAUAUUGCACCGACCCUUCUCUACAGAGAUGAAUAUCCUAGGACUGGCUACAUUCGUUGGAGUUUUGUAUUCUACAGAGUACUAGAAGUGUUUGGAAUUAUUGUAUCUCUUGCCUUUUUGGCAGAAAAUAUUGCAAAUAUGAUUUUUAUGGAUACUUGUAAACAGCCAAUCACGGUUCCACAAUUCCUGGUACUAAUUCUGCAGGGCAGUUUAAUUUCCACCGUAAUUUUAUUAUUACUAUGGUGGUUAGUAUUUCAUUCUGUUCAAAACGCUGUUGGAGAGAUGCUCACAUUUGGAGAUAGAUUGUUUCAUUCAGAUUGGUGGAAUUGCACUGAAAUGCCAGAUUUUUAUAAAAAAUGGAAUAUUGUUGUCGGAGACUGGCUGUACACUUACGUCCAUAAAGACAUAAUAGAAUCCUUCGAUCCACGAAUUAAAUUGAUACCAAAAGCUGCGACCAUUAUGAUAUCAGCAGGAUGCCAUGAGUCUAAUAAUCACAGCUUAUCCGAUUGGCACUUUCCUUUUGUCCUAUUCGUACACAGCUCUGUGAUGUUAGUUUCUGUUUACUUUUCUACUAUUAAAGUGGCAAAUAAAGGUUUUAACAAACUCCUAAUUAUAACAUUGUAUCCUUUGGGACCUGGAACAAUCGGCACUUUUGGAUUCGUGGAGUAUUAUUCCAGGCAAAAUAUUCCCGAUACUAAUUCUCUUUUUGUAUUUUGGUCCAAUAAUUGUGUAACUUUUAAAUAA